AUGGCUUUUCUCCUUCAGCCUCAUGAGGGACACCUCCUUAGGAUCUUCCUGGUGCUGAUUUCGUUUAUGCUUGCUCCAGCAAGUCCUGCUGCCGUCGGACCUCAUGUGAGAGUCUUUUCGAUCGAAGAGCCGGAAAGUCCUCGAAAAGCUCCCUCAUCCUUUAUGGACUUCCCAUCACAACACCACGAACGAGAUGGGUCAUGUCCCAUAUCUGGGGAGAACUGGUGUGGCAAUAACCUACCAGGAGACUUCUGCUGCUCUUCGGAAUCCUUCUGCAAAGUGCUCGCUGCAAACACCACUGCUUUGUGUUGCCCAAAGAACUCGAAAGGGAAAUGCGAGGUCAUUAUGCCCAUUACUUGCAGUAUCAGAAAACAGAACCCUUCGACAAACCCACAAGCUCAAGUCAAGACGCUUGCACUGGAUCAGAAGCUCAAACGUUGUGGUAGUAAAAGCGGAACAAGGAGAUGCUGUCCAUUUGGAUACAGUUGCAGGGGUGACAAAGAAUGCGUCCUCGAUGAAGAUCAGAAUGAAAGCUACGCCUUUCUACUCCCUGUUCCUCAAUAUACAACAACAAGUUCAUCUUAUGCUGCAACAUCCACGGCUGCGUCUUCGGUAACUUCCGACGUUCUUUCAGUUGAAACAUCAGAAGUACCCAACAGAAUCAUCCAGCCUCCAUCAGCCGUUCCCGCGGCUUCGACUACCGGAUCAACCCCAGAUGACGACGAUGAAGAAAAAGAAGAGAAGAGCAGCGGCAUCAGCCCAACAGGGGCAGUGACUGCAGGCACUGUUGCUGGCUUCUGCUGCCUCGCUGGGAUAGGCCUUUUUGUCUGGAUGAAAUGGUUCCGAAAGAAGAGAGUCCAAGACACUCCCGACUUCAACAUGUCACUGGCCCGAGAAUCAUGGGGCUACUUCUCGACACAAAGCCCACUGUCAACUCGACAUGUUCACCUCGCUCGCGGCCCUGACGACAAGUUCAUUAUUACCCCAACCACAGCCGGCUUCACGUCUCAGAUGCCUCCGCUCGACCCAAUCGUGGAAGAAGAGAGGCACAGCCCUGUUGAGCUUCCCGCAACGCCGGUGUCGCUCUGCAUGUGGUCAAACUUGGAGGAUGCUGCUGUGGAAGAGCCAAAGUUGGCAUAUGUUAUCCCUGCUAAACAGCCAAGAUGA